GGACGCCCGGCGUUCACUGGCCGACGAGGUUGCGAGGGGCGGGCCGGAACGCAAAGGCCAGCAGAGCGCGAAGGCCCGGGCUGGGGCGCCCGGAGGGGACCCUGUGAGCACUGUCGCUGCUCCCCCUGGGGUCCAUUGGUUCUUGUGGGUGACCGGAUCAAGAGAUGGAUUUGGAGCAGCUGGACCUGAACCCCAGAAUCAUUGCUGCCCUCAAGAAAGCCCGGCUGAUGUCGGUGAGGCAGCUGCUGCAUUUCUCCGGCCCCGACCUGCAGAGACUGACCGGCCUCUCGGACCCUGACAUCCGGCACCUGCUGAGGGCAGCCGCCUCCCAGCUGCGGGGCAGCAGCGGCUUCACAGCGCUGCAGCUGUUCCAGCAGAGAGAGCGCUUCCCUGCGCAGCACCGGCGCCUGAGCCUGGGCUGCCCCGUGCUGGACGCCGUCUUGGGCGGUGGGCUGCCCCUCGAGGGUGUCACCGAGCUGGCAGGCAUCAGCUCUGCCGGGAAGACCCAGCUGGCGCUGCAGCUCUGCCUGGCCGUGCAGUUCCCACUGCGGCACGGUGGCCUCGAAGCUGCUAGACAGCUAACUGCCAUGAGCACCGGGAAGCCCUGGGGGUGCCUGCUGGGUGAGGCCUGCCCCCUGCCCUCAGGCUCCGUCUACAUCUGCACGGAGGAUGCCUUCCCCAGCCGGCGGCUGCAGCAGCUCAUCAGACAGCAACGACAGCUGAGAACAGAUGUGCCGGGAGACGUGGUGGACGGGAUCAGGUUUGGGGACCAGAUCUUUAUCGAGCACGUUGCCGACGUGGACGCCCUGCUGGCCUGCGUGGGCAGGAAGGUGCCGCUGCUGCUGUCCCGUGGGCUGGCCCGCCUGGUGGUGCUAGACUCAGUGGCCGCCCCUUUCCGCUGUGAGUUUGCCAGCGAGGCUGCGGCGACCCGGGCCCAGCACCUGCGGUCUCUGGGAGCUGCGCUGCGCAGGCUGAGCUGUGCCUUCAGGAGCCCGGUGCUGUGUGUGAAUCAGGUGCGUGUCCCUGUCCCCCCGACCCCGGUGCUGGGGGGCCGCGGCAGGGUGCAGCCAGCCAGCUCAUCCUACUGGAACCUUCCAGGUCACAGAGGCUGUGGAGGGCCAGGGUGCGAUGCCGGGGGCAGCAGGGUGAGUGGGACCUCCUGGGCUGGAUGCGGGAGAUGUGGGGCUGGCCUCCCCCUACCCCCUUUGACUCUGUUUCCUGCCAGCCCCAGGGACGAGCGGCUCUGCCCAGCCCUAGGGCUCGCCUGGGCGGACCAGCUCCUCAUGCGGCUGAUGGUGCACCGGCGCCCUGAGGGGGAGGCUGGCCCUGGACCUCCGGGCCGCACCCUGAGGGUGGUCUUCGCCCCCCACCUGCCCCCCUCGUCCUGCUCCUACACCAUCAGUGCUGAGGGCGUGCGCGGGACACCGGGGACAGAGGCCCACUGACCCGUGGCCGAAGCCCACCCCCUCCGGUUGGGGGCUGAGAGAAGCUUGGAGGAAAUCACAUUUCUCUCCGUCCCCAGCACAGACUCCACCAGACCAGGCGGCGUGGCUGUGGCUACCGUGGGCUGCCCACCCGGAGACUAUGCCGGCAGCUGGUUUUGAAAGGAAAGGAAGCAAAUCCCACAUCUGCCCGUCACACGCGCCGCAAGCCUGCCUACGGCCUCUGGCCCCAAGGCCUGUGCUGAGGUGGAGAAACAGGCACAGGGCAGCUGACAGGCCCUGCAAAUGCCAAGAAGGUCAGACCUCUGUCACCAGUAACUGAUGACAUUUUUUGGACUCUGUGACCCCCACAUGGAUUAUUUUUUUUUUAAGAUUUUAUUUACUCAGUGAGAAAAAUAGGAGAUGUAUAAAGAGUCAGACAUCACACUGGUACAUGUGCUGCCAGGAUAGAACUUGGGACUUUACGCUUGAGAGUCGAAUGCUUUAUCCACUGUGCCACCUCCUGGACCACCCCCACAUGGAUUAACAGCACCUGGUGUAAAACUAGAAGAUAAUUCUUUUAAAGUUUUUAUAAAAUGUCCUCUCUAUGAAAGUGCACAUUACAACAGGAAAUAAGACAUUUUAUUCUUGCAAUUAAAUACCAACUGGUCCAAGUCAUUUUCUAGGCAAGUCACACCAACAGUGAGAAAAUAAAACCGAGAUAGGACGUGUGUUUUAAGGGCUGACUCACCUGCCUGGGGGAGCAAACUUCAUGCCACACACCAGCACCCCCAGGUGGUGCUACCCACAGGGGGACCCGUACAGCCCCUUGGGCCGGGGUGCUCCGGAAGUAGAACACCUCCGCUCCUCACCACCCUCGGACCCCAGGAGUCCUGUGCCACUGGACAGAGCAUGAUCCUCCCGGGACGUGGGGGACUGGCCCUGAGGACACCGGCCUAACCCACGUAAACGUCCCCUCUAUGGUCACCCUCUGACAGCUCAGUACAAAUUUGAACCUUUUGAAAGUGAGCUUCCUGUCACGUGCCUUCCAGAAUACUUUGUACAGAUAUGACCGAGUUGGUCUAAACUGUC